AUGCGUUCUUCCAGGUUUCUCGCUUUUUCUUCUCUUGUCGCUGCCUUCGUCGGCGGUGUGGAUGCGAACGUCUUCGGUCCCAUCGCCAUAGAUGCGCCUGCCCCUGCAGGUGGAUCAGUAGCCAACGACCAACCUCCGACCUCUUUUUUCCAAGGGCAUUCGCCACCCUUCCCUACUAACAGCUGGUGGGCCGGCUAUGGCGCAGGCGCAGGCGAUGCCAUGUGUGCAGGACCCUUUCCAUUUGAAUCCAGCCUUUCCGCCGAUAGCAUCCAGUUUGGAAUUUCGACGGACCGACAAUUUGAUGGGACGUCGAUCAAGCAGCCUACUCAGACAGAUUGGUCUGUGGGCUUUGUCGAGCACUCGGGCAACAUGCAAGACCACAAAGCAUUGUCGUGGGAUUCCCAAUCGGUCACGCUGCAGUACUUCACAGGAUCAAGCACAUUGACAGCCUACAUGGUCCCGGGCUCGCCAUAUUUGACAUUCGUUUUCAAUAGUGCGACUCCCCGCUUUCUCAGUGGGGCAGGGUUUGUCACAUCUCUCGGUAACACGUCAGUUUCUAGUAAUAGCCGUGCUAUGGUCUCUGGAACAAAGUUUCUGGUGUCCAAUAACGUCGGGGCAUAUUUGAUCUAUUCGCUCUCUGGACCCAUCACCUUCAACGCCACCAAUUCCAAUGGUGUAGGAACAAUUGUGGCGUCUAGACCGUUCACAGGCGUUCUACGGGUGGCAAAGCUAGAUCAAGCGUCGCACGAGGCAUUGCUAGAUCAAUACGUUGCAAACUAUGCGACAGCUGUUGAGACAGACUAUUCGUUUUCUUCUAGCGACCCGACUGCUGUUCUGCGUUUCACCUGGACCGUAGUUGGGAACGCAGAUGACCUUCUGAUGCUCACUUGGCCUCAUCAUCGGAUCACGAUGCAGUCACCCAACUUCCCGUCGACGGACUCUCUGAAUUACCUCACGACGAAAGGGUACAUGUACCCUGCUCUCGGUAAUAUCUGGAAUUUGGAAUAUGCCUUGCCGACCAUGGAUUUUGCUGCACCUAGAGCUCCGGAUAGCUCUUGUACUGCGGCGAUUAUUCAAGGCUUGGAGUAUGAAAUAGCAAAUCUAGGUGACGCCCCCGUGCCGGGAGACUUUUAUUACUGGGGUGGUUCUAUUGCUGCAAAGGCUCGACUUGCUUUGAUCGCGGAUGAGGUCGGUCGCAGUGACCUCAUACCCACGGUCCUUGCUUACUUAGAAACCAGUUAUGAAUACUGGUUUUUAUCGUCUUCAACUACCUUACCCGCCUAUGAAACUGGAUGGGGUGGUAUCAUUGAUGCUGCAGGUUAUAACAACGUGAACGUUGAUUUCGGCAACGGGUAUUACAACGACCACCAUUUCCAUUAUGGAUAUUUUCUGACAGGUGCUGCGGUGAUUGCGAAAUAUGAUAACAAUUGGUUGAGCCAACAUCAGACCUAUGUCAAUUGGUUCCUUCGAGAUAUUAUCAAUCCCACGAACGCCGAUCCUUAUUUCCCCGUCACUCGUCACCGAGAUUGGUUCGCUGGCCACUCUUGGGCGUCGGGCAUCGCGAAUGGUGCCGGAUCGCGCGACCAGGAAUCAGUGGGAGAAGCCGUUAAUGCAUACUAUGGUGCAAUGCUAUGGGCUAUUGUCAUCGGGGAUACCGAUAUCAAAAACUACGCUCGCUUGCUUCUCGCAUCCGAGCAGCACGCAGCUCAAACGUACUGGCACAUGUACCCUGAGGCCAAUUCUACAGGCCGCGAUCAGCCUUACCCGGACCCGGAUAUUCGCAGUUUAGUGACCAUUGGCAACGUCCAGGAUUGGCAAUCAGGUGCUUGGUUGUUCUGGGGUUCUCAGAAGGUCGAGAUUGCAGCCAUCCAAAUGCUCCCGGUUACUCCAGUCAACGAAAAUAUGUACGAUGCGGCCUGGGUGGAGAACGUGUAUCAGUACGCAUCCGACGAAAUCGCCGAUCCGACGAUCAGCGACGACUGGAAAAGCGUGAUCUACCUCGCAUACUCCCAGUAUGACCUGAAGACCGCCGCCCAGUUAUCUUCAUCUCUCACAAGUUGGGGCACCGGCAACACGUUCACGAAUCAGCUCUACUUCCUGUCGACCCGUCCAAACCCAUCCGGGGGAGCGAUCUGCUCCUCAGCCUACGCGAAUCCGUUGGGCAAUUUCACUAUUCAAGCUGCCGCUUCCGGAAAAUACGUCGUCUCUUCCGCGAGCAACACCAACCUCGUCGCAUCCUCGACUUCCCGAUCGUCUGCUGCGGUGUUCAACUCUGGCUUCGCGCCGAACGGAGGAACCUUGCAGUUGAAGUCGACGAGUCAGUUUGUGACCGCGGACCAGUCAGGGAAUUACACGCUGGCGUCCAUUCGCGGAACGGCCUCCAGCUGGGAGGUCUUUAUCAUCCGCCCAAAAAUUGGGACGGCCACCAACGUGUAUUCGAUUCGUGCUGCUUCUAAUCGGCUGUACGUGACAGUGGGGUCGGAUGGUGGUUUGAUUAAUAACGCAGUCACGGAGGCCGCGAGUGCUGGGUUUAUCCUGACUGCUGCAUGAUAUGCGCACUAGGUAUCGCUGCCUUAUCAGGAGCCAUUUAAUACACGUUAUGGUUUUCGCUUGUAAAACGCAGUAUGAAGCUU